AUUUACAAAGAGAAUGGUCAUAUAUAACCUCAGAGUUUUACAGAUGUCAGCAAAAAGGAUGUCAGAGAUAAGAUGAUCAACUUUCUUUUAUCUUAGCUAUAAAGCUAAUCAAUGUCUACUUGUCAUUGGCAGCCACAGAAAAUUUACAUUGUUCUGAGCAAAAAAAGGAGAUCUCGUCGAUUUAACGUGGCGCUUACAUAUUUUCUAUAGUAUUACAUUAUAAAUGCUCUUUGACAUACUGUUUGUAAUCAGUUUUGAAAGAAGAAGACGCUGAAAAUGUACAACAAAGAUCAGGAAUCGUACUACGACCACAGAUGCCUCAUCGUCCCACAGAAGGACGUCCUACAGAUUGACAUUGUAGGCGGCGGCUUUAUCAUUGGCUUCAAGCGGUGGUGGAACGACCUGUUUCUCCUCUCCUAUAGCGACCGCAGGGCCUGGCUCUACUUCACCAGCUCCAGGAACAUGCACUUGGAGCGGUUCAAACAGUACCGCCAGUAUAGAAACCGCAUUCAUCCAUUCAGCAAAUUUAGAAACAUCUGGGACUGUCUAAUGGUUCACGUGUUCAUCCUACACACGAUAGCCUUUCACCACAAUACCUCGGUUCUGUUCGGGAAGGUGUUCCACAUGUUCUUCUACUACGUCGCUUUGUGUGUCGAGCUCAUCGUCAUCGCUGACUUGGUAGUCAACUUAGAAACCGGAAUAAUAGACAGCCAGACCAAAAGAAUCAUACUUGAUACAAAACAAGGCAUAUUGAAUUAUUGCUGUACCAAACUUUUCCUUCAUUGCGGCUCCGCUAUUCCGCUCCAAUGGAUCAUGUUGCUCAGGUACGGAGGCGAUAUCGAAUGCACCCUCUGCAAGACCAACUACUUCGUUUGCGCCUUGAGAAUCAUCAAUGUCAUCAGUUUGUAUAGAGUUUUUGAAUCCAGCAAGUACUGGACUCGCGCUCGAGCUCCUUCCAAGGCGAUGUAUUUCUUCAGAUUUCUUCGCAUCGGUGUCGUUGGUUUCACCAGCAUACUGCAAUUAUUUGACCUAAGUGACACUAUAUGCUUGAUCACGAAUAUGUGGACAGGCAAAGUAAAUGAGACAGCGCUCUUCAAUUACCUAUUAGCAAUAAAGUUUCUCGUUGCAGGCGCUCCCCGGAAUAUCAAUCUGUUUUGCUUUAAUUUUGGAAGGAUUUGCAAGUCCCUUCUAUUGUUCAGUUUUGGAGGACCCAGAUUAUCGACAUAUUAUCUGGAUAAAAUGACCUCUCUGGUUGCUUAUAUUAUAGCCAAUAUUUUCUACAUGUGGUGUCUGUUAGAAUGCUACGGCCUAAUAAUUAGGCGCAAGUACAGUAAAGAUCAGAUGAUGAUCAACAAGACGUUGGCACUCAAUCUUGCUAGCUACCGCCAGCUUCCAAACGCAAUGCAUCACAAAAUAAACCAGUUCUAUGAUUUCAAAAUGUCCGACAUAAGGAGAGUGGAGGUAUCUAACGAGCUGUACGCUGGUCUGCCCAGCGUGUUAAAGAGAGAAGCUACUCUGCAUUGUUACAGCAAGCGUAUCGCGCGACUACCAUUCUUCUCCGGUUGGCCCCCAGAAUUAAUGCAGCAAAUAGUACUGGCGUUGACUCAAAACAUAUUUCUUACGGGAGAUAUCGUGGCUGAACCCUGGAUGAGUGGUGACGGGCUGAUGAUAGUGGACGUCGGCGAGCUGGCAGUGUACUCUGCGCAGGAGCACGAGACAGGACACCUCAUCGAUGGAGACUACUUCGGCGAGCUUUCCCUCGUCACCGAUAAGGAAGUGCGCAUGUCAUAUGUCAUCGCUAUUACUUCUUGCAAGGUGCUGAUACUGAAGAAGACUGUCUUCAGGAUUCUGAUGAGGGAUCACGCUGAUUUAUUCUCCAGGUUGCGGCUCCAGCUGAUGCAGAAGAAUAGGAUUCCGGAACAUCAAACUGUAUAGCGGUACAUGCGUCUUAAGAUUAGCAAAUUAUAUCUUACGAAGGAAUUGAUUGUUAAAUCUUCAGUAAAUUGCCGGACGUGUAAAUUGGAAAUUCUGACUUGUUUGUAUAGACUAUGUGUUGAAAUUACAGAUUUGUUACGAUACUGACAUUUUAAUAAUACGAUUAUACAAAACUGGACCUACGUGGCGUAGUUGUACUGCAUGCGCGGUAUGCCAACGCUAUGAGGUCUUGGGUUCGA